AUGAUGGCUGCAGGAUUUGGAGAGGGAGCCUGCACUUGCUCGGUUCUGUUAAUGUGUGGAAUUCCUGCAUCGGGUAAAACGACGUUGGCGCAGAAAAUAGUGGCAAAAUUUUCGCCUGGCGUUGGCAAUUCGGUUGAUUUUCAUGAAAUUCCGUUGAAACUGCGUGUGCUUCACGUUUGUUUUGAUGAUUUUGUCAGCGAGGAUCUUCAGUUGGACGCUCUACAGCGGGAGAGUGGCGAUGAUGGGAGACAAGGGGGUGGUGAUCAGGAGGAGAGGAAAGUAUGGAAGUAUGAGAGGCGGCGAGUCUUGCAAUGUAUUGAACGGCUUCUUGCCAUUCUUGUUGCAUUUGAUGGGAAGCUAAAUCAUACGAAUAGUGGAGGUGGUGAUGAUACUGGAGUUUGGGAAAACUUUGAAAAAGUGGUGUGCAAACGAUCAAAUUUGUCAAAUUUGUCACCCAACUGUAGUGAUAUAACCAAAGAAAAAUACUUGGUUGUUGUUGAUGACAACUUUUUCUAUCGAAGUAUGCGUUAUGAGAUUUUCCAGAUGGCAAGAACGUUUCAGUGUGGAUUUGGGCAACUUGCACUGACUUGUACUGUGGCAGAUGCGAUUUAUAGAAACAAGAUGAGAUCUACACAAGUUUCUGAUGAUAGUAUUAAUCGUAUGGGAGCAAGACUGGAAAUGCCAGACGUCGAGAGUCACUCUUGGGAGGCACGCAGCUUUGUUGUAGUAUCAUUGAAUGUUGAGCAUGAACUGGGGAGUGAGAUUUGUCGUUUUAUCUGUAACCUGUUUCUCUAUCCUGUACGGCCUCUAAUUGAUGAAGCUAGAGAGGAAUGUAAAGCUGCAUCAAAAGCAGCGAAUCUAGAAAGUGUCAUUCAUCAAGCAGAUCGGAUACUUAGAAAAUGUGUUGCCGGGACAAUGAGAAUUACUAAAGGAAUCAACAAACAGGAAAUGAAAGAAAUGUCAGAAAAGGCAAAUUCUGUACGAAGAAUCAUCCUAGGCAAGGUGAAGAGUGGUUUACUGCCGUUGGCACCUGGUGGUACCAAGAACAUUUCAGACAAUAUUUCUUCUGUGUUUUAUGAUGAGCUGCAUUCUCUACAGUUAUGAAAAAGUUUAUGUACUUGCAUUUAAUUAAAAUUAAGAGUAGCAACCAUUUAAUCACUAUGAAACUUUCAGAUUAUCUAGAUCCUGCCAAAAUGUAGAAUGAGUUUGAAA